GACCCUCCCACAGACUCCUUAAACGACAUUAAUUUGUUUCUUACGGUCACUUUGAGUCAUGUCCAACAGCGGCGCCAACAGCAGCCUGGUUCUGGCCCAGAAGGCGGUGAAACAGCUUCGUCUGGAGGCCAGUGUCCGCCGCAUUAAGGUUUCUCAGGCGGCUGCAGAACUGAAGACCUUCUGUCUGCAAAAUGCCCACAAAGACCCCCUCCUGACUGGAGUGCCUUCCAGUGAUAACCCUUUUAGACCACCCAAGUCAUGUGUCCUCCUCUGAGGGUUUCAGGCUCUUCAAACCCUGAUCCUUGCAGUCGUGGGUGCUGUCAUGUGCCCACAGCAGAUGAAGAUAUAGAAAAAUUGACACACAUGUACAGGUCUGAAACUAGAGCAGCUACAGAAUGAAGCUGGUAACUUCAGUCGAUAAUGAGCUGAAAGGACUGAUGCACUUAACACCUUUAGUUUUUAAGUUGAUGAUGCAAUAACAAGACUGUCAUAUUUGUUUUUGUUAAUGUACCCCUGGGUAGACUUAAAGAAUGGAAUUGCGAUGCUGAAGAACUUCGUUCACAUGGUAAGAUCUUCACAACCUACAGUGGAGACUGUGUUAGCAAAAAUAAUUUCAAAAUGAAAAGCUAAAAUGAUGAAAACACGGUUCUUGGCUGUGGCACACACUGCUAACCUGCAGGAAUAAUUUUAACCAAGUGUACAAGAUAAUGAAGAGUUGAUUAAAUCUGUCCCAAAGAUAGGGAAAAAUAGGCGUGGUGGUGACAGUGAUACGUUAGUGCCUACAUGUAUUAUGUUUGUUAAAUCCAAACAAAUUAACCAGUCCAAUGUGUAAGAUUUAGGAGGAUUUAAUGGACACAGUCACAGUCCCCAUAGGACCCCGGUUUGGAAAAAAUAUGAACGCUGCUCAUUGCACAGAGUAACAUUUUUGUUCCAUUUUAAAUGUGCCAUGAUUUACACAUAUAUUUGUCUGUUUAAAAUACAAUUUUAGAAGUAUCAAGUUAUUUUAAAGAUAGUUAAUUAACGUCUAGUUUUUUUUUUAAAUGGUUCAGGAUGUGAUACACAUCACCUAUACCAAAGUGACCCUUACCUCAGUCUUAAAGAAUAAGGUGUAAAAUUAUUGAAGAAGGUGAAAAUCACUACGAGUCUGGUCAUGUGGACACUGCAGACACAUCUUCAGUGACUCUGAACAAACUAUGGAAAAAGAACGUUGUGAUGGUGUUGCCUCUAUGACUUUGGGGCGUGUAGUAUUUCUGUUCACAUAUUUUCAGUCUGAUACUUCAACAGCUCUGUGUCAAACAGCAACUUUCUUCACUUGUAAAAUUAUCUUUUAAAUGGACAAAUAUAGAUGUAAAAGAUGCCAUUAAUUCAAACAUGAUUAAAAAAAAAAAAAGUUCCCAUGGUGCAUUACUGGAAGGGCUGACCUUUUGUUUACUGUAUUAUAUGAGCGAUGAAUGAACAAACAA